CACCAACUCUUUGACAUCUUGCUGCGAGUCGACUGGUAGAAGCAUGUCGGAUUCCGGUGUGGUGACUUCGGCGCAGCCUCCGGUCUACUGCCCUAUGUACGAGAGCAGACUACUGGCCACCGCCAGACAUGAGCUGAGCUCCGCCGCUGCGCUGGGGGUGUACGGUAGCCCUUACACCAGCAGCCAAAGCUACGGAAACUAUGUCACUUAUGGCACCGAUACCUCCGCUUUCUAUUCACUGGGCGCGUUCGACACUAAAGAGGGGGGUGCCACUGCGCAUGCGGGAAUCACCCAAGCUGCUGCCUACUAUCCAUAUGAUCCUACUUUGGGCCAGUACCAGUAUGACAGAUAUGGAUCUAUGGAUGGGGGCACGAGGAGAAAAAAUGCUACAAGGGAGACCACGAGCACUCUGAAGGCCUGGCUUCAGGAGCACCGGAAAAACCCAUACCCCACCAAAGGCGAGAAGAUCAUGCUGGCCAUCAUUACCAAGAUGACCCUCACGCAGGUGUCCACCUGGUUCGCCAACGCCAGGAGGAGGCUGAAGAAGGAGAACAAGAUGACGUGGCCUCCCAGGAACAAGUGCUCUGAUGACAAGCGUUAUGACAAUGACGAUGACGGAUCUCAAGAGGACCAGAUCAAAAGCGAGAACAACGAUGAUGAAAGUAGAAGUCGGGAUGACAAGGACCUUCAAUUGAGUGACCUGGAGGACUUCGACACGAUUGAGUCGGAAAACUCCGAAUGCGAACUGAAGCAUCAGUUUAACCUGAACACUCACAUGACGACCACUGACUGUCCCAGUGAGCACAUCAAAGAAACGUCCUUAAAGUUAUCCAUUCCAGCCCCUUUGGAGGGCGACGAAGGCAUGACCAAAACAUGCCUGAAAACACACACAGAAGACUGUCAGACCACCAUAGGCCGCCAGACCAAACCGUGUUUCCAGUCCGGCCACCAGAUACUCGACAACAAACCACGGAUCUGGUCCCUGGCACAGACCGCCACGUCUUUGAACCAAACGGAGUACUCGUCUUGCAUGCUGAGAUGUCCGCCCAACGUGCCGUCCUCUCCAUCGGCCUCCUCGCCUGUGAACGUGCUGGAUCGACAGCAGGACUCGCCCGUAACAACGCUGAGAAACUGGGUUGACGGGGUUUUCCACGACCCCCUAUUUAGACACAGCACUUUGAACCAAGCACUGACCAACACCACGGUAUCAUGGACCACGACCAAAAACUCGAUACUGGAGACUGGAUCUGUAGGAAGCAACGUGAUUAAGGGACACGCUCCUUUACAGCACCCGGAUGCCAAUAAAGACACCCUGAGUUUCCCUAAAGCGGUGAACAAAAUGUUCUGCUCAUAACAAACCAAAAUGUCAUUACAAAAAGUCUGUCCGUGGAUGUACAGUCGACCGCCUCUCACCUGAAAAAAGAACUUAAUCUAAAAUGUUCUCAAAAUGUUGGAUUUUUUAAUCUGUCACGGUUAACCGUGUAGCUGUUGUUCUUGAGGCAUUUCACUUCUUAGUCUCUUAAUGCGGAUUUUUUAAGUAGUUAUUUCAUUUAAAAGCACGUUCAGAUCAUGUUAAUGUAAUGUCAAAAGUUUACCUUUAAAAAGUUUACAAAUAUAAGUUUGCCUUUUUUAUUAUUUGGCAUGCAAAAUAUUGACAUUUGAUUGCAUAUUCGUUAAACUCGGUUGUCUUUAAUGAACGACUUGCGGGUGUCACUAUUUAAAAAAAAAAAAAAAAAAAAAAAAAAAAAACUAUCACCCAAAUGCACAAGCCUCUGAAAACGAAAGGGGGGUAUGUUUCAAUUUUGUUCACUAAUAAAAGGUUGGAUUCUGAG